AAAUCAUAUUUCCAUAACACACCUCAGUCAUGAUGGCUAUCGUUUGUAUACCUCCCCGGUGCAGUUUUUGCCGAUUUGAAUUUUGCAUCGGUACGACUAUUGUCACGAUCCAUAAAAAUGAUACUCUUUCUAGGCAAUUUCCGUAUGGGACAGACUCCACACAUCUAUCCAUCACUUACACUCAGUGUCAUCGCGCAUGCAGACAUCAUGGAGAGAAUGGAGGCCUAGCUGUGGCUUGUCAUUCCGAGUGCAUUAAAUUUCUGCCCCAUCAGUCGUGGAAAUUUUCUCAAGCAUUGCUUUAUUCAUUCGAGCCUCCCUUCUCCCAGGAAAAGCGGCGUGUCGCCUGGCUUCGCUCAAGCCUGAUAUCAAAUUUAAAAAUGCCAUGUGACUUACCAUAUGAGAUAAAGAGCAACAUUGCUCAAAACCUGUUACGCGAAUACGCUGUUGUGAAAGCGAGAAGCUGCUGGGUUGAUGCUAGGGAAUUCCAGAAAUCCACCGAUCUAUGUAUUAACCCGUCAAAGACAGUAUGGGCUCGGUAUAUCGAGUUCGAGGGCGUUAAAUACAUCGCGUCGAUAACAAAUGAGCCUAGCGAUGGUCAUGAGACAUUAUUCAAGCCGAGUUCGUCCUCACGUGUCGAUUACGUAUAUAUUUCCGAGGAUCAUUUAGGCAUCAGACAGAUGGUGUUCUCCCCUUCUCAAGCUCCAACCGUUCCUCCAUUACCGGGUAUUUGGUGGAGGAUCCUACCGAUACCUCCUUCGGGAUGCCAGCUUUGCGGCAAAACCGACGGAAUCAAGCUUCGCAGCCUAGCUAGCACUGGCACGGACGAUCUAGCGUCAACUUGCAAUAUCGCAUGGGACAUUCCUCCCACCACGCUAGAAGUUAUGGCGUAUGAGCGUACUCGAUGGCUUGCCACGCUACCAUAUAGGAUGGUUGGGUUUUGUGAGGCGCUAGGGCGUAUUGACGGUAUUAACUCGGCAAUGCGGAUGCGGAUGGCCUCAUUUCAAUGUAAUAGCCCAACAACGACUGGCUAUUCGUUUUGCUGGAAUGUCUCCCUCAGGUUCGUCCAUGCUCACACGGCGGGCGAGGACUUAUCGUUUUACGGGUCUAUCGAUAGACCCUUCGAAGAAAAGAACAUAUGGUUCUAUGUGCCAAUGCAUCCUAGUGAGUAUAUUACCCACGUAUGGAAGCGCCAUCGCCAAAAUGAGCGGGAGCUUGCUUUAAUUAUCGAGACAAACGCCGGUCGUAAAGUUGUCGUAGGUCCUCACCUGCGGCCGAACUGGCCUUCGUGUCGUUGGACUCUUCUGAGUACGUUUCAGCCCAAUCCUAGUCGAAUAUUCUUUGAGGACUCCCCUCACGGCAUCCGUUGUCUGGCUUUCGAAACCCCUUCACCAAAUCAAUAUAAUCGACCUCUCAUCCUCCCGUUCCCAAUAUCUCCUUUCCCGAAAUCCACCUCUAUCGAGGAUUAUUUCUAUACGUCUGCUGUCCUUGAUAAUGUUGUUGAGGUCACACCCUGCCGAACAGUGCAGUCCGGCGUAUGGGCUAUAACGGGUAUCCUUUUAUCGUAUGCCAACGGCUACCAAAUCGCCGUGGGGCAGGUUAGGUUGGAUCACCUUAGCCCUACCAUGAGAGUUCUGCCGUCGCAAAAGAUGACUUUUACAUUCUCUGCAGUAAAUGGCUACCCUUACUUAGCCAGUAUACAUUCAGCCCCACCAAUGUGUAGUGAGACCGACAUGGAAAUAUGUUGGCACGGGUCGUUGGAAUGGUGGUUUUCGCGCCGCCAGUGCAAAAUUUAUCAUAAUGGGCAGGCAAGUCCGGUGACCAAAUUUUAAGUUAGGAGAUCCCCCGACGUACGAGCAACAUUGAAGCUACAGUACAAAGAAACGGUUUAAGGAAGGCUGUACUUAAUUUUAGCUAAGAAUGGAUCAGAUAAUUCCCUGAGUCCACGAAGGUUAUUGUGUCGUGAUGUUUUUUUUCUUUCCUUUGCGAAGUGGUUCGAAAAAUUAUUCAAAUAGGCAGUUCUGAAAACCACUGUUCCUGCACUUGAAAA